UGCAGCUUGAACAUCGAGGAGUUCAGUUUGUAAUUCCACCGCAGUGUGUUUUACACCUCAUCUCCCUCUACAGAGAUGUGAUGAGCCCUUUCUGUGCUGUCCUUCAUGGAUUGUUCUACAGAUUUGGACCACAGAGACGUCAUAGUUCUGAAUCCACCUCUGCUUUACAAAUCAAUCGGUAUUUAUUACACCGCUUCCUGCAUCAGUCGCUUCAACUAAAUGUUUGAAAUGUUCACCUAAAAAACGCUACACUCGCAGAGUCGAACAGAGACAAAGAGAUGUGUGUCCUCCUCGUCCUCUUCCACCUCCUCCUCCUCCUCCUCCUCCUCCUCCUCUCAGCGCUCCCCAUCAGCAGAUUCUCCACAUUGUGUCCAAUCAUAACAGCAGCCACACGUUUCUGUUGGAACUGGAGCAGCGGCCUUAUGUAACCUGCUCUGAGGAGGUGUGAGAACGCCUCGGCCUCCUGGGCCUAAACACAGCCACGUGGGUCCUCCUGGUGCCUCCUGGUAGCUUUGCUGGUCCUCCUGGUGCCCCCCUGGUCUCUGAGAGUCACGACCCAGGUGUUUCCGCUCAGGUAGAAACCAGUAAUGUGAGUCACUUUCCUCCGGAGGAGCUCCUCCUCCUCACAGAAGGUCGCUUCUGGUUUGACGGAGACGAGAUGAUUCAGCAGAGCGUUUGUUCAUCUCUGUCCUCGGCUUUUGUUCCUCACGCUGUAGACACACUUCAGUUGAAAUAAAUGGACAUGUGGGUGUUGUUCUUCUGGCAGCCUCGGAGGCCAGGAGAACAUUUUGUAUGUUUCUAUGAGUGUGAACAGCUUUUUCCUCCUCGGGGGGGUUGCAUUCGUCCUCGUUGUGACGUCUGCGGGCGGCUGCCAUCUCGCAGAGAUCAUCGGAGCAGAGUGAAACCACGUGGCUGCGUGGUGCUGCCUAGCCCCCCACCUGAUCGCCUCUCCUCCGCUCCCCUUCCCCCUCCCUCCUCCCGCUCGCCAUGACGACCACCGUGGAGGUGAUGGCGGCCCAGCCCGACCAGGAGCAGGGUCCGGCGCUCCUGGCCGGCUGCCAGGACGGCGGCGGCGGCGUGGGCGGCUACCAGGUGGUCCCGUCCGUGGUCUGCUCCGUGUGCUGCUUCUUCGGCGUCAUCUACUGCUUCUUCGGCUACCGCUGCUUCAAGGCGGUGAUGUUCCUCACGGGCCUGAUGUUCGGCUCCGUGGUCAUCUUCAUGCUGUGCUACAAGGAGCGCGUGCUCGACACCCAGCUGAGCGCCGAGGCCUCGGUGGGCAUCGGCCUGGGCAUCGGCGCGCUGUGCGGCCUGGUCACCAUGCUGGUCCGCAGCGUGGGGCUCUUCAUGGUGGGGCUGCUGCUGGGCCUGCUGGUGGCCGUGGCCACCCUGGUGGGCAUGGAGGAGCUCUCCGACAGCCCGCCGCGCUCCGUCUGGGUGCCGCUGGGCGUGCUGCUGGGCCUGGGCAUGCUGUUCGCCGUGCUCGCCCUGCAGUGGCAGCGCCUCUUCACCACGCUGUCCACCGCCAUGUUCGGCGCCGCCGUCAUCACCGUGGCGGUGGACUACUUCGUGGAGCUCUUCGCCCUCGCGCUGUACGUGUUCGAGCGGCUGAAGGCGGCACCCGGCAAGCCCGUGUGCUGGGUGACGUGGGUGGUGCUCGGGGUGUGGCCCGCCCUCACCCUGCUGGGGGUCAUGGUCCAGUGGAAGGUCACCGCUGAGGGAUACUCCCAUACCAAGGUCAUCAUCAGCCGGCAGCAGAGGAGGAUGCAGGUGAUGCGGAUCCGCCAGCGGGACGACCGCUACCGCAGCAAGAAGAAGAAGAAGCAGCAGCCGCCGCAGCACGGCUCCGCCUCCCACCACCAGGCCAAGCAGCUUCCGGAGCCCGCCUACCGCCGCAAGCCCAACCCCAUCCGCCGCUACGACACCGACGUCCUCUCGCCGAGCUACAUCCAGAGCUUCCGGGAGCGCCAGGUGCAGGCGGCGCCCCCCCCGAGCCGGCUGGCUGGCCGGCCGCACACCGUGGUGGACGUGGGCUACGACCGCGGCUCCACCACCCCCCUGACCGGAGCUGCACGAGCUUCUCUGCGAGUCUGACCCCCGAAAACACACCCGGACUCGGUGACCCGCUGGGUCUGAAGGUCACCCGCUGGGUCUGAAGGUCACCCGCUGGGUCUGAAGGUCACCCGGGUUAAGCCACGCCCCCCUAGAAGUAGAUCGAAGGCUGGAUUCACCCAAAGUGAAAAACAGGUCUAACCCGUAAAAAUAAAAUGUCACAUGACAAAUCGGUCCGUGUGGUGCAGAGGCUCCGCCUCCUUUUCACUGUCUUUCAGAAGGUUCAAAUGCACCAACGCAUGCAUGCACCCACACAAGGGGGGGGGGGGGGGCGGCAAACCGGGCCCUUUCAUUUGGUCUUUGUGCCAAACACGGCCUUUGGAUUGGGGAGGGCCGUCUCUAAAAAUGGGGACACCCUUUGUCCCCCUUGGUGCUGGACAAGACACUUCUUCAAGAGCCAGGCUGCUCACUUAGGGCUGAGGGGAGGGGGGAGGAGGGGGGUGGUGUCUGUUAAAACGCGUGCCACCCAGCAACACGAGGGGGGCUACUGGCUGAUCUUUCAGGGUAACAUGAUUUUUUUGGGGGGGUUGGGGGGCUUGUUGUCACAGAUGGAUGCAUGAGGAGGAUCUGUUAUCGGAUGACACAUUGACACUGCCCCCCCCCCCCCAUUCUUCCUCCUCGAUGCUGCAAAGCAAUAAAGAAGUUAACAAUGACAAUAAUAAUUAGGAAUAUUAAAGAUGUGAUUCCAAGAAAGCGGGGGCAGUGUAGAUCACGCUGGGGGGG